AUGAAUCCUAAUAAUUUACAAACUCUUAAGAAAAAGCGAGGUAAUAUAAAAGGUCAAAUUACGCGUUUUGAAAAUUUUAUAAAUAACUUCAAUGAUGAGUAUGAUCAAUUAAAAGUACGAAUGGCACAAUGUCAAAGGUUGUGGCAAGAAUUCGAUGAGGUUCAAAUGCAAAUAGAGAUGCAUGAGGAUGUUAAUGGCGAGGACACAAACGUUGACGAACGUGCGGAGUUUGAAGAUAAAUAUUAUCAAGUGAUUGCAAAUGCAAACGGCAUUUUAGAAUUAAAUUUGACUAAUUCAAACUCAGCACAAUCCAUUCAACAGGUGGUUCCACACCAUAUUCCAGGUAUUAAAUUUCCGAAAAUAGAUUUACCUACUUUUACCGGUAAUUACCUACUUUAUGGUAAUCACAUAGCAUGGAAGUUGCUCAAGGAUAGAUAUCACAAUAAACGCCUCAUUAUACACAAUCACGUAAAGGCAAUUUUUGAACUACCUCAGUUAAGCAGAGAGUCACAUGUCAGUAUGAGGCAAUUAUUAGAUAAUUUUAAUAAAAAUUUGAGAGCACUAGAAUCAUUGCAAGAGCCUGUUGACAAAUGGGACACUCUACUUAUAUACUUAAUUUGUUCAAAGCUUGACAAUUCCACCAGAAGGGAGUGGGAGGUAGUCUCGGAACCCUUAACUAUACCUUCAACAAAGGAUUUUACCGAUUUUCUUCAUAAAAGGUGCAUUCUGUUACAAACAAUAAAUUAUAAAAAACCGGAAAAUAAAUCACAAAGUCCAUCUAAUAUCUCAUCUUUCAAAAAUACAAAAAGUUUUAAUCAUAAAGAGCAAUCUCAAAAUUAUUUUGCGAUGGCCGCGUGUGUCAUAUGUAAACAAACUCACAAAAUUACAAUUUGCGAUAAGUUUUUAAGUUUGUCUCCGAAGACGCGAUACGCUGAGGCUAAGAAACAUAAGUUAUGCGCAAAUUGCCUUGGUGCUGGUCACUCAUAUCAGACAUGCACAACCGAAAACCUUUGCAUGGUUUGUAAUAAAAAACAUCAUGUACUCUUGCAUUUUGAAAAUAAUAAAAGCACUGAUAAUCCAGUUCAAGAAAAAUCAGUAUCAGCUCAUACUACCUUCAAAAAUGAUGAGAUUUUGUUAUCGACAGCAAUUGUUUUUAUGUGUGAUAGUUCUGGUAGAUAUCACCAAUGUAAGGUCCUACUGGACUCAGGUUCGCAGAGUAACUUCAUUACGAAAGAACUAUGUGAGAAACUUAAUUUGUCUAAGCAAACAUUAAACCUUGCGGUCUCAGGGCUGAGUAAAGCUUCUCUAGACAUUUCCCAUAAAGUACAGGCAACCAUUAAAUCUGUUCACAAUAAUUUCCAAACAGAUCUCUCCUUUUUGAUACCAGAAAAUAUAAAAUUGGCUGAUCCAUCGUGCAAUGUGCCAUCCAAAAUUGAUGCUUUACUCGGCGCAUCAAUUUUUUGGAGUUUGCUGUGUAUUGGACAGAUAAAAUUAACAAAUUCUCAGAUUAUUUCGCAAAAGAUCAAAUUGGGAUGGAUUCUAUCGGGUCAAGCUAACAUUUCAGUAAAUAUCCCAAGCAAGACAGUGUGUCAUUUUUCUAUCAAUUCAGAACUACAAAAGCAAUUAGAAAACUUUUGGCGAAUAGAACACGUCGAAUCAUCACCAGUUUGGUCCCUAGAGCAAAAGGCUUGUGAGAAUGAUUUUGUAUUAAAUCAUAAACGUGAAGAAAAUGGAAGAUUUUCAGUUCAACUGCCAUUAAAAAUAGACAGUUCAAAGUUAGGCGAGUCAAAAUCAAUGGCCUUAAAGCGGUUUAAGUCUUUAGAAAAACGGUUGCGCAGUAACACUGAGUUACACGCACAAUAUGCCGACUUUCUUGAUGAAUAUCAAACGCUAGGCCACAUGUCAGAAGUUCAUACUGAAGAUCCAACGUUGAAUUAUCUCCCGCAUACUUGUGUUUUUAGAGAGUCCUCGUCAACUACCAAGGUCAGGGUUGUGUUCGACGCUUCUGCGAAAACGGAAUCAGGAUUAUCACUUAAUGACGCACUCAUGACAGGGCCUACAAUUCAACAGGAUCUGUUUUCCAUUAUACUUAGAUUCCGAAAACAUCAAUAUGUCAUAACAGCUGAUUGUGCAAAGAUGUACCGCCAAGUAAAUGUGCAUGAUAAUCAGCGACAUCUUCAAUCAAUUCUUUGGAGGAAGAAUGCUGAUGAGCCUCUGAAGGCUUACACUUUAAACACAGUGACUUAUGGUACUUCGUGUGCGCCUUUUUUGGCAGUCAGAUGUCUGCAUCAAUUAGCUCUUGAAAAUCAAAAACGGAACCCCAAAAUAAGUAAUGUAAUCAAAGAAGAUUUCUAUGUGGAUGAUCUAAUCUCUGGAGGCGACACCAUAGAAGAUGUGCUUCAAAUUAAAAAAGAUAUCACAGGCAUCUUAUCUCAAGGACUUUUCGAACUGAGAAAAUGGAAAUCCAACGAGGCUUCAAUUAUUGAGCCAAACAUGCCAGAAAAUAACCAACUGUAUUUUUCGGAAAAUAAAGAGACGAAAACACUCGGAAUUGUGUGGAAUAGUGAGGAUGACACCUUUCAGUACAGUUUACAUGCCAUUUGCGAUAGAAAGAAAUACGUAACCAAACGAACUAUUUUGUCUUUUAUAUCCAAAAUUUUUGACCCGCUUGGAUUGAUAGGGCCCAUAAUAAUAAGGGCAAAAAUUCUAAUCCAGCAAUUAUGGCAACUCUCCCUCGACUGGGAUGAGAGUGUGCCCUCACAAAUUUACACUGCCUGGAAAUAUUAUCAGGAUCAAAUCAUAUCGCGAAAAAUAUUUCAAUAUCUCGCCAUGUGA